AUGACAGAUACGCCAGAAUUGAAUGCUCUCACGCGUGAACGUUUAUAUAGUCGACGUUCCGCUGAUGAAGAUGAUUUUAGUCGGUCAUCAAGUCGUCGUGCAAGUCGAUACCGAUCGAAACUUGAAAAAGCAAGAAAAGAUUUUCUUUCUUCUGAUGCUAGCAACUCUAUCGAUACAAUUAGCAAACGCUUUCGACAAACAUCUGAAGAUAUUUCGCGUUCUCGACCGGAUUAUCGAGCAGGAUUUUCACAAAAAUUUCAAACUGGCGGUGAAGUCAUUAAUUCAAGACCUGAUUUGAAUCAGUUACCAUAUAAUAGUAUAGGUCCAAGUCCAUAUGAUCAGCAGGAAUACAAUCGUUUAUUUCAACGAGCUGAGCGUUACUGGAUGCCUUAUAAGCAACGUUUUUCGCAGCCUAAUUUGUACAGCCGAGCACGUGGUUAUUCCACGUCAUAUUUGGAAACAAAUCUUGACACUGGAGUUGCUGAUAUUGUUUCCACGCAGCGACAGGUAGAAGAAACAAAUUUGGAUGAUGUGCAUCGUUCUGGAUCCGUAAUUGACUGCAGUCGCUACAGUCGACAUGAUGUGCCAGAAAGUAUAGGAACCCACGUACGGUCCAAAAGUGCUGAUUACUUAAUGGAUAGAAAAAUGCGUGAAGAAUCAGCACCACCAGAAAAUGAGCUCCAAAAAUUCGGUGAAAAGACUCCGAACAUUUCUGAACAUGAAUUACGUUUCCGUAAAUCCACAGAAAAAUUACAAGUACCUGACUGGUAUCGUGAACGAAAUAUGCGGUCUAAUAUUAAUCGUGAUACUUCAUAUACAUUUGAUCGUCAAGAAUCUUCGUCUUACAACCAACAAUCAGCAUAUAGUCAUGGUUAUAAUGCUAAUAUAGUGUCUCAACCAUUCACAUAUAAUACCACUUCACAUACAACAAACGAUGCACCUUUGCGGCAAACAUAUGAAGAAGCCCCACUAGGAGGCAUUUCCCUAUCGUAUGGUCAAUCCUCACAAUUAUUACACAAUAAUUCUCGAAUACGAAACCAUUAUGAAUCACAUCAAACAAGGUAUACUACGCCAUUUACAUACGAGCAAGAUAGAUAUGGUACUCCGACCCCAACAGGUGCUACCGCAGUACUGUCAUCAACUAAAGAUGCAACUUUAGUUGUACCUUAUGGUAUGUUUGAUAAAUACAAAGAUGAAAUUGAAGAAAUGCGGAGAAGCCGUACAUCUCUUCAUCAAGUUGGUACGAACACUGAUAAACGAAAGGUUUGCAUUGUAUAA